AUGUGGGACGACGAGGACAAUAACCCAUAUGGUUCAUUCGUUCGCCGCGACUCCGAGACAUCAGAGAUACAGUCUCCAACAGAACGCUUCAACAGACCCGCGACCCCGCCAUCAGGCCACUCCUCGCCCGACCAGACACCUCAGUUCAUAUCACGACCCAACGACCUGAGCGAUGAGGAGCUUGACGAUUCUCGGCACCAAGCACCGAAAGUACAGCCGAAAGAAGGAGGUUACGACAGCAGGAUUGAGCAGAUCCUCUACGAACACCCCGACUUGGAAAUCCAGAUCACGCAUGCCGGCAAGAACACAGAAGGAGGAGGAGGCUUCAUCACGUAUACCAUUAGGACUGGCGAGAUCGAAGUACGAAGGCGCUAUUCCGAGUUUGCAUCGCUACGACAGACAUUAGUCAACCUACAUCCUACCUUGAUUGUUCCUCCCAUACCCGAGAAACAUAGCAUAGCGGACUAUGCAGCAAAGCCUACGAAGGCCAAGGAGGAUGUUGCCAUCAUAGAGCUGAGGCAGCGCAUGCUCAUGACCUUCCUGAAUAGAUGCAGGCAAAUGAAGCAGAUCCGGGAAGAUGGCGUAUGGUGGAGGUUCCUGGAUCCUAACGUUAGCUGGAACGAGGUACUUAACUCUCAUCCUGUCGCCAGCGUGCCCAAGAACAACCUCAAGGCACCACCUCUCGAUCCGGCGAACCCAACUCCAGGGCACCAGUGGCUGCCGACACCAUCACAAAGCGCAAAGUUACGGUCAUCUUCUGGCUCGUCAGCUUCUGGCACACCCAGCUCGCCUCCAGCGCAGGCCGCACUACCUUCAGCCGCGGCUCACACAACUCCCCAAGUACAGUACAUGCGGUUUCCGCCGCCGUCACAGAAUCUCAGCGAAAGUGAGCUUGACCCAUACUUCUCCGCAUUCGAGAACAGCUCUAAAGAGCUGGAGACUCUCCUUACGGGAUCAAUGGAGAAAGUCAAUGCUCGCCUAUUGCGGCAUAUGUUUAGCCUUGGUGAUGACUUGAUGGAUUUGGGCGCGCGAUACAACGCCUUCUCGUUAUCUGAACAAUCAGCAAGUGUGGCGCAUGCGAUCGAAAAAGCUGGUCAAGCAUGCGACUUCGCUUACGUACAGUUCCGCGACCUCGUCACAUCGCUCAGCGCUGGCUUCGCAGAACCUAUGAGAGAGCAUGCGCAAUUUGCUAGCGUUGUGCGCAGCGUGCUACGAUACAGGGUGCUGAAGCGGGUGCAAGAAGAGAUGACCCGAGAUGAGCUCGAAAAGAAGAGGGCCAGCCUGGAACAGCUCGAAAGGAGCGAGCUGGAAGCCAAAAGGAUCGACCAGUACAUGUCAUCUUCUGGGAUGCACAGCGCACCAAGGAGAAGCACCAGCAGUGGUGGUAAUCGCAGCAGGCCUGCGUACAGCGAUCCCGAUAAUGCCUCGGUCGACAGCGAUUUCCCACCAAAUGUCGGCAACGUGCCGAGUGCAUCACAAGGCGAGUCUCAAGAGAACCAGCCAUACACAAGUCCGCCGACAUCACCUUCGAAUGGGCACAAACGAGCCACAAGUGGCAUCACCAACAAAAUCUUUGGCCGACUAACGCACGCGAUACAAGGUGUUACCGACCAAGAUCCAGAAAGGGCACGUCGAGAUCAGCUUGGGAAGACAAAGGAGAGUCUCGUACAGCUGGAGCAAGCUCUAGAAGUGUCGCAGCGUGAUGUGAAAGAUGCAUCUUCAGGUGUGCUAAAAGACUUGAGGCGAUUCCAGGGGCAGAAGGAGGACGAUCUGAGAGACUACAUGCUCAACUUCGCCAAAGCCCACGUUGAAUGUUCGAAACGUAGCCUGGAUGAGUGGGAAAAGGCGAAGACUGAGAUACACAAGAUCGAAGUGAAGUGA